AUGCUCCCCAAGGUCGCCAACUCGCUCUUCCACCACACCCACAGGGCCGUCCUCGCCGUCCAGAACCAGACUGGCCACGCCCUCCGCAAUGCGCUCCAGGUUCAGUCCACCGGCCCUUCUUCCGCCGUGACUGGCUGGGGCUCUUCUGUCUCCAGCGGUUCUGGUCAGCACGGCCCAGGUCCUUCCAAGUUCCAUGCUGGGCCGCGUCUUCCUUCCACCCAGUCCGCGUCCCCCGUUUCCUCCACACAGGUCCGGGAACGCGUCGACAAACUCUCCGCCUUCCGCGUCCCUUCCUCCCAGCAGCGUUCUGUUGCCUUUUCCUCCGAUUCUUCCGACGCUGCCCAGCUCGCCGCGAACGGCUUCGGCACAUACGCGACCCUCAUCAACACCCUCACCGACCGCGACUUCGAGAACUACGAGGCCGUUCGUCGCGCAGAGGCCCGUCUUCGUCGCCGUCGUCGCGCCGCUCUCGCUGACAACGCAGAAGACGAGGAACUCCGUAUUGCCGGUCUCCGCGGCGACUCAAAUUUCCAAUCCGCCCUUGCCCUCUUCAACUCAGUUGCCGUAAACCCCAGCGCCAAGUUCCCCCUCGUGGUCUACAACAAGCUUCUUCGCUCGUGCGCCAUCCACGCCAAUGUCGAGGCCGCCAAUACUGUAUUCUCCCACCUCGAGAACUGCCCUGACAUCCUCCCGAAUGCCCAAACGUACGUUUCGCUCAUCGAGACCUACGCUGCCGGCAAGGACCUUCGCGGUGCGGAGAAGACGUUCAAGGCCACAACCAAGACCGACGCUCUCCUCUGGUCUUUGGAUGCCGCGGAGUCCGACGCGGAACUGAGCGAUGCUGCUCAGCGCGCGUCCCAAACAGCAAUCUGGAAUGAGAUGCUGGCUGCGUACAUCCGGUGUGGACAGCCGUCCGAGGCCCUUGGUCUCAUGGAGCAGAUGAUGGACUCGUUGGCGGGAGAUGUAUUUGGUGCCUCUGAGGUGCCUCUUCCCUCAGCCUCCACCUUUGCGCGUACCGUCAGCGGCUUCUGCCAGGCCGGCGACGUGAACACAGCCCUCUCCUGGUUCGAGCGCAUGAUCCAGCAGGAGAUGCCCUCGGGUGAUCUCCACGAGACGACUCGCGUACCCCACCGGCCGGACUCGAAGACAUGGACAACAAUGUUCGACGCCCUCGCUGAUGAAGGUAUGGUCGCCGAGGCGAAUCGCAUCUUCGUCCGCUGGCUCGACCUUGCCGCCCAGGACAAUGUCCCGAUCUGGAGUGACCAUCGCGACUCGGUCCUCGCCGCGAACCUCAAGUUCAUGGACAUCCGCGGAGACCUCGAGCAGGCGAAGGCGCAUGAGCUUCUCGACUUCCUCACCGAGCACGUGCUUCCAUGGGAGACCGAAACCGGCCACUUCACCUUCUACCGGGACACCUCUCGCGCGCUCUGCCAGAGGCUCGUCAUGCAGUACUGGACCCGCGGGCAUCGCGACGAGGCGCUUGCGCUUGCAUCCCGCAUCAUCGCGCGCCAGCAGGAGACCAUCCACAACGGCCAAACGAAGCGCAUCUUCGAUUCGACACAGUCCCAACGUCGUGUCGAGGGCACUCGUCGUUUCGCGAACGACCUCACUACGGAGAUCCUGGAGCGCUCAGGAGCAAGCAUCCCGCUUUCGCACCUCCUUCAGCUCUCUGCCGUCCUUACCGACGCCGGCUCUCUCGUUCCCCAGUCGCUUUCGGAAUCUUGCCUGAACGCCUAUGCGCUCCAGCGUGCAAGCCCCGACCUUGCGCUCUCCGCGAAGGACUGGGAGGCGCUCUUGGACAUCGUGAUUGCGAGCGAGGCGGAUCCGGCCGCGAGUGUUAACACUCUGGUGGACGACCUCCUGCAGCAUUCUGUGGACAUCACCGCUUUCUCCGACCACGCGCAGAACCUCCUUGCCCGUACGCUGUCCUCCGACGACCUCAACUCGGCACAGCUCCUCGCGCAGCUUGGUGAGCCAUAUGCGACGCGCUUCGCUGAGCUCCAGAACGCCCGGUCCGCCUCCCCGUCCAUCUCAUCCGGCUCCUUCGAGGUGCAGACUCCCGACGACGUUACCCCGCUCCUCCAGUCCACGUUUACUCCCGGCCGUAUCGACGCAAAGCAGACCGAGGCUGUUGGCGAGUUCUUCCCCACGGCAAACAAAGGAUUGGUUCUCAAGGCAUGCGACCGUCUCCGCUCCGGCGCGCAGAAAGGCAUCUACCCCCGUCCCAUCGUCCUGGCUCGCCUUAUCAGUGCCCUGGGUCGUCUCGGCGAGCUCGACCGCAUGGCUGAGGUGUACGACGUCUCGCAGGCCGUGCUUGCCUCGAUGGAGUCGCAGAAGUCGUGGCAGACGACCGGCUGGUUCCUCCUCGAGGACCACAUGGUCGUUGGCCUCGCACACGCGGGCGACAUCGACGGCGCGCACGUGCACCGCACUCGCAUCCUCCAGCAGGGCGGUGUUCCCUCCGCAGACGCUUAUGGCGCGUUGAUCCUGAACGUGAAGGACACUACGGACGACACCUCGAACGCUAUGGCCCUCUUCCAGGAGUCACAAGCCCUCAGUGUUACGCCCAACAUCUUCAUGUACAACACGGUCAUCUCGAAGCUCGCAAAGGCGCGCAAGGCCGACGCCGCGAUCCAACUGUUCCAGGAGAUGCGCGCGCGCGGUAUUCAACCGUCGUCGGUCACUUACGGUGCCGUCAUCGCGGCGUGCUGCCGUGUCGGCGACGCUGCGUCUGCGGAGCUUCUCUUCCAGGAGAUGGUCGCCGAACCCUCGUUUAAGCCUCGCGUGCCGCCGUACAACACCAUGAUGCAGCUCUACACGCACACCAAGCCGGACCGUGCGCGGGUUCUUGACUACCACAACCAGAUGCUUUCGGUCGGCGUCCAGCCCACUGCGCACACCUACAAGCUUCUCAUGGACGCCUACGGCUGCAUCGAGCCCAUCGACCUCCCCGCCAUGGAGAAGGUGUUCGCCGACCUCACGGCCGACCCCGCCGUCGCCGUACAGGGCACCCACUGGGCCGCGCUCAUCAACGCGUACGGCUGCGUGCAGAAGGACCUCGACAAGGCGCUCGCCACCUUUGAGGCCAUCGCUGCCCACCCGUCCACGGCCGCGUCCAGGACCGCGCUCCCCGAUGCCGUUGUGUACGAGUCGCUGAUCAACGCGCUCGUCACUCUCCGCCAGAUGGACCUCGCGCCCAAGUACCUCGAGCGCCUCCGCGACUCUGGUGUGCACAUGACGGCGUACAUCGCGAACCUGCUCAUCAAGGGCUACGCCGCUACGGGCGACAUCGAGCAGUCCCGCGCCGUCUUCGAGAGCCUCCAGGACCCGCAGGAGGGUGUCGCCGCGCCGCACAACCACGUCCCGCACCAGAACAAGCAGCCAUCUGCCACCGCCGUCCCCGCCAACGCGCCCGUGUACCGUGAGCCUUCGACAUGGGAAGCGAUCGUCCGCGCCGAGCUCGGCAACGGCGAACGCGACCGCGCCGUCGCGCUCCUCCAGCGCCUCCAGGCGCGCAUGUUCCCGCCCGCGGUCUACCAACGCAUCAGCGGGAUCAUGCUCGACGACCUGGUCGCGCCUUGGGGUGCGUCCGCCGAGGGGUCGAUGGCUUGA